AUGAUAAAAGUUACCAAACAGUUGAUUUUGGUAUUAGAAUUUUUAGAUAAAAAAGGAAUCAUUCAUAGAGAUAUCAAAAGUGAAAAUAUUCUAUACAAUCCCGAAAAUUGUUUAAUAAAACUUAUCGACUUUAGUGUAUCAAGACUCAUUGGAAAAAAUGAAUUAAAAUUUAGAAAUCAACAUGUCGGUACUUAUAUAGCUCCAGAAGCAAUUAUAAACUCAGCUACUCAACUAUCUAUAAAAACAGAAAUUUAUAGUUUAGGGUGUACUUUAAUUGAAAUGGCAGGAGGUAAUGCAAAAAAAGAAGAAAUACCAAGCGACUUACCAAACGAUUUCAAAAACUUUAUUCAACGUUGUUUGACAAAAAACCCAGAAUGCAGGGCUGGUAUAAAUGAAUUAAAAAAUCAUAAAUUAAUAGUAAGUAGUAAAAAAAAAAAAAAAAAAAAAAAAUACUAA